CAUUACGAAUAUUGUUGAAUCCAAUUAAUAUUCUCUCUAGUUUAUGAUGGUAAUUUAUAUUCAAUUUUUACUUCAAAAUUAUUCUCAAAUUUAAUUAUUCAGUUUCAGUUCAUAUUCUCGAGUAGGUACACGAGGCUCUGAAAUUAAUAAACAUUAAACAAUUAAUUUUUUCAGUAUGAAUAAGAAGUAAAAGUAGCUUAUAUUUUUAACGACCAAGAAGUAGAUAAACACUUUUUGUCAAGCACAUAUUGAAUAAAUAUACGACAAACAUAUUCUACAACACAUCAAACAUUUUAAGUAAUUACAUAAUUAAUUUUAACAAUAGAUCGCACAAAUAUGUGGCUUUCGAUUUUCACGACGUUCUUAGUCGUUCUGGCAAUUUCUUCACUAAUAUUAAGGAUCAAAGGUAGAAGAACAAGAAUGUUAGGUGACCGAAUACCAGGCCCGGAAGGAUCAUUUUUAGUGGGCAUGUUACCGUUGGCCAUACAAGGAUCGGAACAAAAAAUCAAAAAUGCUCAAGUCAUAUACCGAACAUACGAAAAAUCUAUAUUUAAAGCAUGGUUGUUAAAUAAAUUAUACAUUAUUCUUACACGACCCGAGGAUGUUGAAUUCGUUCUUACCAAUCCAAAAUUUUUAAGAAAAGCCAAGGAAUAUAAGGUCAUGCAACAGUCCAUCAUGGGACAAGGGAUAUUUACGAUUGACGACAUAAAGAAAUGGAAGGUUAACAGAAAAUUGUUAACUAAAGGCUUUAGUUUUAAACUGUUAAAAGCAUUUAUACCGAUAUUUUACGAAGAAGCACUCGUCCUUGCUGAAAUACUCCGAGACAAAAGUGAUUCGACAUCGAAAGAAUGUGACAUCAGCGGUCCUGUCAGCAUGGCGACGAUGGAAAUGAUCGGAAAAACGGCUUUGGGCGUAACGUUUAACGCUCAAAAGGGCGGCUCCAAUCGAUUUGUCGAAAAUUUACUAACAGCGAUGCACACCUGGGAAUACAGGAUUACGCAUCCGUGGUACUUGAGCAGUACACUAUUCCAAUUUUCGUCAAUUAAACGAAAACAUGAUCGUAGCCAACAAAUCAUCCACGAGUUCACCAAUGAUAUAAUCAAAAGAAAAAUCAUAGAGUUAAAUAAAUCAGGAAGCGAGAAUGUCAUAAAUACAGACCACGACGAUAACGAAGACAUUGGGCAAAAAACGAUAACUCUCACUGAAAUUCUUCUGGAAAACUCUCAUGAAAUAUCUCACGAUCAGAUGCGGGACGAACUCGUAACAUUAAUGAUUGGAGGACAAGAAACAACUGCUUUGGUGAACGCUUGUGUGGUUUUUAUGUUAGCCCAUCAUCAAGACGUACAAGAAAAGGUGUUCAAGGAACUGGAAUCGAUAUUUUCGAACGGAGAUCGUAACAGACCGGUCACAUACAACGAUUUGCUUCAAAUGGAGUACCUCGAACGAGUGAUCAAAGAAACGCUCAGGCUUUUUCCCCCGCUGCCCGUGUUCGCCAGAGACCUGGCCGAAGACAUGACAAUCGGAGAUCACCUGUGCCCAGCCGGCGCCACGCUGGUCAUCACCCCGCUGUUCUUGCAUUCGAGUCCGCAGCACUACGGCGGCACGGCCCGUGGCCCGGACGAGUUCAAUCCGGACAAUUUUUUGCCGGAAGCCUAUCGCCAGCGACACCCGUACGCGUACAUCCCGUUCAGCACCGGACCCCGGAACUGCAUCGGUAUCAAGUACGCGAUGCUCCAGAUGAAGACGGUCAUAUCCACGCUGGUCCGUCACCACAGGUUCCGGCCGUCCGACAGGUGUCCGACGCCAGAUCGACUGCGACUCAUGUUCUUGACCACGCUCAAACUGGCUGACGGCUGUUACGUCAAAGUCGAACCGCGAGAACUGGAGUGACCAACAGACACUGUAGUGCCUGCCAUAUUUUAUAACUGAUGUGUAUAAUGUUGGUCGAAAACAUAUUAUUACCUAUUAUUAUUAUUAUUAUUAUUAUUAUUAUUACUGUUAUUAUUAUAUUAUUAAUACUGUUA